UUAAUUAUUCAAAAGAUAUGUUUGCCGACGCUUUAUAUGGUUCAAUGUUUGGGAACCAGCGUAGUCCAUAGACAAGUGUGUGAGAGGAAAGCUGGUGUUGUCUCUCAGUCAUGGCUAAGCUGGUGGAAUGUGUACCAAAUUUCUCAGAGGGGCGUAACAAGGAGGUCAUUGACGCCAUAGCCGAUGCCAUCUCUGCCACAGAGGGCUGCAGUUUGCUGGACGUCGACCCAGGCUCUUCAACAAACAGGACGGUGUACACUUUUGUGGGACAACCCAUGGCUGUGAUCGAGGGGGCGCUGAAUGCCGCCCGUGUUGCGUUUAAACUCAUAGACAUGACCAAACACUCAGGUGAACACCCUCGGAUGGGUGCGAUGGAUGUGUGUCCCUUCAUACCGGUGCAGAACGUCAGCAUGGAGGAGUGUGUACAGUGUGCCAAUCAGUUUGGCCAGAGAUUGUCAGACAUGCUCAAUGUGCCUGUCUAUCUCUACGGAGAGGCGGCCAGAAAAGAGAGCAGAAGGUCACUUCCCUCAGUCCGUGCAGGGGAAUAUGAAGCAUUACCGGAGAAGCUCAAAAAGAGCGAAUGGGCCCCUGAAUAUGGCCCCGCCGCAUUCGUCCCUUCUUGGGGCGCCACAGUCACCGGCGCCCGAAAGUUUCUCAUCGCCUACAACGUGAACCUUCUGAGCACUAAGGAACAGGCUCACCGAAUCGCACUGGAUAUUAGAGAACAGGGCCGUGGGAAAGAUCAGCCUGGGCUUCUGAGAAAGGUUCAGGGAAUGGGAUGGUACUUGGAGGAGGCCAGCCUCGCUCAGGUGUCCACCAACAUCCUGGACUUUGAGGUGACGCCCAUGCACACGGUCUAUGAGGAGAUCUGCAGAGAUGCCAAGGAUUUGAACCUUCCAGUUGUGGGGUCCCAGAUUGUCGGGCUGAUUCCUCUGAAGGCGAUGCUGGACUGUGCAGACUUCUACAUCCAAAAAGAAAAGCUCUUCGUUGUGGAAGAGGAGCACAAAAUCCGACUGGUUAUCAGCAAAUUAGGACUCGAUUCCUUGGGGCCAUUUGUUCCAAAGGAGAGAAUCAUAGAGUAUAUGGUACGGGACAACCGGGACGAUGGCCGGCUUGUGUCUCUGUCUCUAGAGAAGUUCGUCCACAGUGUUGGGGCCAGAACAGCGGCUCCUGGUGGAGGCUCUGUUUCUGCGGCAAUCGCUGCUAUGGGUGCAGCUCUGGGCUGCAUGGUCGGUCAGAUGACAUACGGGAAGAGGCAGUUUGAGUCUCUGGAUGCGGAGAUGAGGAAACUUAUUCCUCCGUUUCAUGAAGCCAUGAACGACUUAUUAUUAAAAGUGGACGCUGAUUCGACAGCUUUUAACAGCUACAUGGCUGCUCUGAAAUUGCCCAAAGGCACACCUGAUGAAAUCAAAAGGAGGGAGGAAGCCAUGCAGGAGGGUCUGAAGGCGGCGGUGGGCGUUCCUCUGUCUCUGGCAGAGAGAAUAAACACACUGUGGCCUGUUCUCAAAGAGAUGGUAAAAUACGGAAAUGUGGCGUGUAAAUCAGACAUUCAGGUAUCGGCAAAAGCUUUGGAAACAGCAGUAUUCGGAGCAUAUUACAACGUUAUUAUAAACCUGAAGGACAUCACGGAUGCUUCAUUCAGGGCCGCCACUGAAGCGACAGUGUCUGCGCUGUUAAAGAACGCCAGAGAGAAUGCUAACUUAGCACUGGAGACAGCCGACCGCAGGAAAUGAUGCAGACUGUAACACACAAGAACAAAUCAAAUAAAGACUUGCUGAUGUGCCACUUAAUACCCUCUGGUGCACAGACUGCCACUGUAAGUGCAUUAGUUUAAACGCAUUUUAUAACCACUUUACAAACAUGAAUGAUGAAUAAAAUUGUGCAGCUUGUUAAGGAAAGAGAUUUUGGCAAAAACACUUACACAUACCAGAAUAAGAGCUGUGCGAAUGUGCUCUUUUGACAUAAACAAACAGCCAGAAGACUAUAGAAACAGCCUUUCAACACACUGGCAACCAUCCAAAAUAUCUUAGUAUAAUAGCAGCAAGGAUUACACUGACAAGCACUGCUCAUAUUUCAAUAGACAAUGUAUAAAUACUUUUCUUGCCACUUCCAAGUAACACAUUUAAAGUGAGUGACAAUGUAAUAAAUGAAGUAAUUGUUAUGUAACAUUCCUUAGGUUUGCAAAAGAGCCUGACACUUGCCAUUAAUAAUAAAAAAACUAACAACAACAACAACAACAAAAAAAGUGGUUGUGGUUUGUGCUUUCAUAUUUUGAAAAAGCAGUCUGACCCAUUGUCUGACCGCAUCGUAGAUCUCAUAGUUGUAAUGAUAGGAAACACACCAAGCUGUUUUUACUAUCUCAAGAUCUAGAAUAACAUGCACCCACUAAACUGGAAAAAUAUCUAACAGAUUGAUCAGUUUGGUUUUAUCUUUUCAAAUAUCUCAUGACAACAGCUUUAUUCUCCAUUACACCUGCUUUUAUCUCUCUGAGGAGUGUUAGUUUUUGUUUGAACUUGAUGAUGCCCCAGCAGGUGGUGCUGUGAAUGGCCCACCAAAGGCUACGCUCAAUAUCCCACUUCCUCUGUCCUUGCCUAGCUCUCAUCUGUUGUUGUUUUUGCAUCUAUUAAAGCUGCACUGCUGGAAAAGAGAGAUAGAUAGAUCAGAGGCAUCUGUUUCUGCAGUUGCACAGAACAGCUGUGGCAAUAUUGUCCUCGGUCGCCAGCUCUGCAUAUUCUAGAGGCAACCCAUCACCAAAACACAAUGCUACAACUAUAAUGGUGGUCUAAAAGAAUAGAAAGCCCAUUUACCAAUAUAAAAUUGGUGGUGUUUUCUCAUACACUCAUUUUCAGGUGUUUACACAGAAAAUAUUUUGUAUAAGUAUCUAAUGCUUGGAUUCACUCUUAAAAUGUCUUUGAACAAAUAGCAACUAUUCAAACAUGCUAAAAGGAAUACUCAAAACACCCACUGAAUUGGCCCUUUACAAAGACUGUUACUGUUGCUAUGUCCUACAAGCUGUGGCGUUCUCACGCCAAAUACCCUGUUCUCACACGUGUAAAAAUACAUGGCGGAGCAAAGACGACACUGACAAUGCACUGACAGGCAAUACAGAGCAAGUUACUUUUUGUACGAAACAAUGUCAGCCUUCAAAUUUUGUCAUUUUGUAAGAAAUUCAAGGUUUGCGUCAUAUUCUGAGUUUGCAUUUCACUUUUUUAAUUCAUUUUGAUGAAUACUAAAUCAGUUUUUUUGCAAGUGUGAUGAAUUAAUGCAUUUACAUUCACAUUUAGUCCAGAACUACAUCAUGUUCACACAGCGCACACAAUGCUUCUGUACUUCCCAUUUCUCCAAAUAUGGGAACAGGAGACUUGUCAGUCAAUAAAUGGGAAAACAAA